AUGUCGGCUAGCCAGCCUAAACAUAAAGAAACUCUUCUCCACCUUGUGAUGAAAUUGGGCUUGAUUAAACUUUCACAGUUCUUAGCAGCCCAGCCUGGAGGGUCAUCAGCAUUAGCACUGCCUAAUGAGGAUGGAGCAACACCGUUAGAUUUGGCUUUACAAAACGGGCACUCCAAACUUGUUGAGGUUUUCGCGAAUUUCCAGGGCAGUCACUUGCUUGACAUUUCAAGAGCGGAGAUCAGUGAGGGUGCUUGUGUGCAGUUUGUUCAUUCAUCAGGAGCUCUGACGCUGACAUUUAGCCACACCGCACAGCACUUGCUGUUCUUCCGAAAAUACUUCUGGGACAGAUCUCUUCUUUACCAGAGUAUUAAUUCAAACCAAGUUGAGACAGUGGAAGGUCCAAAAAUGCCCUGCAGUACAACAAGCUCUGUAGAAGGUUCUGUGAACUUGGCGUCUGACCAGUUGUCCCAGGAUGAUGCAAAGCCUUUCCUAGACUCGGUGACUCCUGAAGAAAAUGAAGAUCAUGUCCUGUUGGGUAUAGAGCAAAGACACUCUACCCUUGAUGUUCUCAGGAAACUCAAGGCUCCACCUACUUUCUUUGCUGCAACCAAACUUACUGCCAUGUUGAGUGGAAGUGAUGAAGUAUAUGCAAACUGCAUGUUAGUAGACCAAGUAAGCUUAUGUUUGAAUAGCAUUCAUUUUUUUUCUCUGCAGGCUGAACAGCUCCAGCUUGGAGACAUCAGUUCUAUCCCAAUGGCUAAGAGCUCUUCAUCUCCCUCCCUUGAGGAGAAUGAUCAAUAUAUAUACAUUCCAAAUGAAGGAAAUCAAAGGCCAGUGAAAAAUGGAGAAGACGAGGAUUUAAGACAUACUGUUUCACCUUCUGAUCCAUAUGGAGCAGAUUCAUGUCUUCCAUUCAAGACCCAUGGACUUACUAAGGAUCGAGGCCAACAUUAUGCUGACGUGAGAAAAAGAAGUUCAAGUCUUGAUGACCUUGAAGUAGAUGGUGGAAGUGGAGGUGUUUUGGACAGAUCUCACAUUCACUACCCUCACCUGAGCUCUUCAGAGACCAUGGCUGGUAGCAGUGAUGGAUUAGAUUUACCUACCGAUCUGCAGCCCAAGGAAUGCACAGUGUUUGGGAUUCGAUCACGCUCCUAUUCCUGCUCCUCACCCAAAGGUUUAUUAGGAAGACCUCGCAUUCCUCGGGACUUCUCAGUUGGGGAUUCAAAUGACGAUGGAGUGCUCAUGAACAGUGGUCGAUCCCUACUUCAGGCUCUUUCACUCUCUAAGUCAGUGUCUCUGCUCCACCCUUGUAAGCGGGCAUACAGUCUGCCGGAGCAGUCCCGAGAGAAAAGGAUUCAGGAGGAGGAAUGGAGUAAAUCUAUUACACCCUCAAAAAAUGAGUCUGAAAAAUGUAAAGUGAGUCGGACUUUCAGCUUUCUGAUGAACAGAAUGACCAGCACACGGAAUAAGUGCAAGACAAAAGGUAAAGAGACCAAAGAUAAAGAGAAACUGAACAGGCAUAAUUUUACAAAUGGGACCUUCUCAGGAGUUAUCCCAUGUAUGGCCUGUGAAAAAGCCCUCCUAGGAAAGGAGUCGCUACAGUGCUCUCAUUGCAGUGUGACUGUGCAUAAGAGCUGCAAGGAGUGUGCUCCUGUGUGCACCAAGAAAUCCCAGGAGAGGUGCCAUAAUAAAAACAAAACCCAAGCUUGUGUAACAAAUUCCCUGCCUGGAGACAUUUCCCAGAUGGUGCUCCCUUCAGUGCAUCCUUCCUCCUCUGUGCCUGUUGGACUGUCUGCUGGAAGGAGGGAAGCCCUGCAACAGUCCCACUUCUUAUCCAAAAGCGUCCCCAGUGCCAGUUUUGAAAGAAGAUCUGUGCUGUUUUCUGAACAAGACUCUGAGACUAGCACCUGGAGGUCCAAGUCCCAGUCUGAAGAGAUGUUGCAAGCAUUAGGGACCUUUUCUUCAAUGGAUCCUUUUAUGAUGGAAGAUGAUGUGGAUUUGUCUCAGUGGACUGAUCUCUACACAGAUGCACAAGAGUUUGAGGCAGAGUCCUGGAGUCUUGUUGUGGAUCCAACGUUCUGUAGUAAGCAAGAAAAGGAUGUCAUCAAGAGGCAGGAUGUAAUUUUCGAGCUGAUGCAAACAGAAGUGCAUCACAUCCAUACGCUGUUCAUUAUGUCUGAAAUAUUCAGGAAGGGGAUGAAGGAAGAACUGCAGCUGGACCACAGUACAGUGGACAGAAUAUUCCCCUGCUUAGAUGAGCUGCUAGAGUUGCACAGGCAGUUCUUCUGCAGGAUGAAGGAGAGACGACAGGAAUCAUGCGAGGCAGGGAGCGAAUGUAAUUUUGUCAUCAGCAGAAUUGGAGACAUCCUUGUGCAGCAGUUUUCAGAGGAAAAUGCAACUAAAAUGAAGAAAAUAUAUGGAGAAUUUUGCAGCCAUCAAAAAGAAGCUGUUAAUCUCUUCAAAGAGCUGCAACAAAACAAGAAGUUUCAGAAUUUUAUUAAACUGAGAAAUAGUAACCUGUUGGCACGACGCCGAGGAAUCCCUGAGUGCAUUUUGCUCGUCACCCAGCGUAUCACCAAAUACCCUGUUCUGGUUGAAAGGAUAUUGCAAUACUCAAAAGAAGGAACAGAAGAACAUACAGACCUGUGCAAAGCCCUUCGUCUAGUUAAGGACAUGAUCACAGCUGUAGAUCUGAAAGUGAAUGAAUAUGAGAAGAAGCAAAAGCUACUGGAAGUUCUCAGUAGAACUGACAACAAAACAUAUACAAAGCUGAAAAAUGGCCACGUUUUUAGGAAGCAAGACUUGAUGAGGAAAGAGAGAAUACUUCUUCAUGAAGGUUUGGUGUACUGGAAGACAGCAACCGGUCGUUUCAAAGACAUCUUAGCUCUGCUUCUAACUGAUGUACUGCUCUUCUUGCAAGAAAAAGAUCAAAAAUACGUCUUUGCAGCUGUUGACCAGAAGCCUUCCAUUAUCUCCCUUCAGAGGCUCAUAGUAAGAGAAGUAGCCAAUGAAGAAAGGGGGAUGUUUCUGAUUAGCGCUUCUUCUGCAGGGCCUGAGAUGUAUGAAGUUCACACCAACUCCAAAGAGGAACGUAACAACUGGAUGAGGCACAUUCAAGAUGCAGUGGAAAGUUGUCCAGAGGAAGAAGAAGGAAAAAGGAGUGAAUCUGAUGAGGACAGACGUAUUGCUGAAGCCAAAGCAUCCAGAAUUCAGAAAUGUCAAGAGUCACUGAGUUACCAGGACCAGCAGAUCUGUAGUUAUUUGGAAGAGAAGUUGCAUAUCUAUGCAGAACUGGUAGAUAUAAGUGGGUUUGAGGAUGUUCAUGUAGAACCUCACCUCCUUAUCAAACCUGAUUCUGGAGAAACUCCACAGGCUACUUCAUUGUUGACAGCAGCACUCAGAGAAGUUGAAAGUCUCCAUGUUGCUGUAAAGACAGCACAACUGAGUGAAACAGACGGAUCACCAGGGGAAAAUACUGAGGAGUUAAGUGUGAAGCACAGAUUUAGUGCUAAUGAAAUCUUGGAAUCUGUUCCUGGUGAUGCAGAAAUAAAAGAAGUUGAAGAGCCAUCUGAAGUCGAUGUCAGUGUUGAAACGGAAAUGGCAGAUGCCAAUCUAGAGGAUAAGGGAGGAAGUAUGAGUUUCCCAGGGUCUACAGGGACAGAGGUUGUACAAGCAAUCCAGAAUUUAACCCGCCUCUUGUACAGCAUACAGGCAGCACUAGCUAUCCAGGACAGCCACAGAGAACUCCAUAGGUUACUCCUGCUAGAGAAUGAGAAGACUGGUCGGGUCCGUGGUUCUCGGCUAAACCUCCUUCUGGAACAAGAAAAAUACCGGAAUCUGGAAAAACAAAGGGUGGAGCUGGCCAACAUACACAAACUGAAGCAGCAGUUUCAGCAAGAGCAGCAGCGGUGGCUGCGUGAAUGUGACCAGCGGCAGCAGGAGCAGGAGGCGAGGGAGAGCCGGCUGGGGCAGCGGGCAAGGGAGUGUGGGUGCCAAGAGGAGCUGCUGGAGCGGAGCCAGCAAGGCUUGGCACUGCAGCUGCAGGAGUACCAGCAGAGCCUGGAGAGGCUCCAGGAGGGGCAGAAAAUGGUGGAGAAAGAAAGAGACAGUGUGAACAUGCAGAAGAGGGUCUUCUGGCACUGGAAGCACAGUCAAAAGAGUAGCCUCUUGUCAUCCACAGACAACAAUGAGAUAAUAGGACAUAAUCAGUCGGACAGCUUACAUGGUGAAAAUACGUUCUACUUAAAUGAAGCUGUAGUGUGUGUGUCUCUAAACAGUCUCAACAGAUCAGAUUCUUCUCUCGUUUAUGAGGACGGUGUGCCUGGGCUGAACAUCUCCAAUUCGGAUAUAGCAAGGACUAAUGAAAGUCAGAUGGAUCUCAAAAUGGACACUUCUUGUCAGCCAGCGUUAACCAGUGCACUGUGGAAAUCCACUGGUCCUUACCAGCAGAUGUCUUUUUCCUGCAAAAGCAACAAGGAUGCCUUUAAUAAUGGUAAUUAA